AUGACUCGCGCUUUGUGCCCCCUCGCAGCUGUGGCUAGUUCGUUGGCUGGUACCACGCCGACGAGUGCCUGGGCGGCCAUGCCGUUGUCGUCCGAUGCGACCUCGAUCUCGUCUUCGACAUCAGGCGCAAGCAAUCCUUUGAUUCCAAGUUCGAUAUCCACACGCUGCCAGACGUUCCUUGCGCAAUUGAACGGCGACCAAACGAUCGCGCAGUGCACCGUCCCGUUGAUCUCGACCCUUGAUCUGUUCGCCCCCGAGAAUGGCAUCGCAAGCUACGCGAAGACGCAGAGUGCGAUCACGACCUCGCUUGAGAAGCUUUGCGCUACGAACGCCUGCUCCGACACCAUCAUCCGGGCCGCCCUCACGGCGUUCAACGGGAAUUGCAGUGCAGAACUGCAAGCUCGUCAGGCCGUCGUGCUCGGCGAAUACGACACUCUGUACAUCUUGCAACCGUUCCACACCUCGGUGUGUUCCAAGGAUGUGAAUGGAGGCUACUGCCUCACCGAUAUCGCCGCCGGAACUGUUCCGCCCUCACCUGAUACGAUCGCGACGAAUGCAAACAACUCUUCGGCCGACGCCAGCGCCAGUGCGAGUGCAGCCACAUCAGAGUCGGCAUCCAUAGCGAGCUCGACACCGGUCGCCACACCUGCGCCUGUGGCUUCGCUUUCCAAGUCUUACUCGAUCGCUCUGGUCAGCCCGAGCGAGCUCUUUGUGCAGUUUACCGUUCAGGCCCGGCGGUUCCUCAGGAGGCGUCAAGUCGUAGCUUCGACAACACCCGUCGUGGCGACCAACACCACCUCGUCCGCAGCCGCUUCGACGACCGCCCCCGCUUCUGCAUCGGGCUCCAACCUGUCCUUUGACUUGACCGGUGUGCUCCCCAAUCCGGCGACUUGGGCCGCGCAUUCACUCCCGUUCCUGUUCCUGUCGGCCAACAUGUCGUCGGCGCUCCUGUGCACGAGUUGCACCAAGUCUAUCCUCGCCGCUUACGUGUGUUGGGAGAUUCGAAUGCCGUAUGCCCUCGGCCUGUCUAACUCGCCGAUGCUCGGUCACCAAGGCGAUCUCUGGACCGGGACCGGCGAGACGUGUGGCACGGGUUUCCUCGCCUCGAUUCAAUCUCUCGCCGGCGAGAUCAAUAUCACGGGGGCCGCGUCGAAUCGCGCCACAAUUAGUCACCUUAUCGUGCUCUCCGUCGUUGCCGUACUUGCAGUGGCAGCGAUGUCGUGA